AAAGUCCCCCUAAAAUAACUUCAUUUAGAUUUACAUGAUAUAUAUCUAAUUCAUAUUAAUUCCCGAGCAGUUGAUUCUAUUGUAGUCGCGACUACAUAGUUUACACUGGGGUGGCUUGCCGAUUGGUGAUUGUUUUGCAGGCGGUUAUUGACAAUAGCUCUCUGUUUUGUAUUAAAUAUGGCAGCCUUCUUUUUAAAUCAGCUCGUAUGCACGACUCCCGCCAAGGCUAAUGGAAACUAUAAAGAAGUUUCACCAGUUUCUGCAUUUUUUUGACAGAAGAUUCUAUCUUGGGGUUUUUGACUUUUGGUCAUGAAUCUAUCCCUUUAAUAACAAAAAAUAAUAGUGUAGUACAGAGUCUCAAAACAGACAUAGAGAAGUUGACCACAGCCUUUCGGGUAAACUGUUAAAGUUGACGUAUGAGUAGAUUAUAGUCAAGUAUCAUGGAUCGGUUUUAGAUAUAAAAAUGAAGACUCCGGAAGACGGUAUGUCAAGCCAUCAAAACAGUGAUCGUUUUCGUUUAUAUUCUUCCUGCAGAAUACCCAAAAGAGUGGACGUUUUACCCAAAUUCAUCUUUUGUAUCAUUUAAUGUAUACAUAUACCUUGCGAGUUGCUAACUCUGUGCUUAUUAUUGUGUUUUUGUUGUUGUUGUUUUGUAACUUUAGUCCUAUUUCUGCCACGCACUUAAACAUUGUGUCUUUUUUCAUUGACUCUAGAAGUCACACCUAUAUUUUACGUUCAUUCAUGCCUAUUAGCUGGUUAUUAUUUCUUAUUAAAAAUAUGAUACUUGAUGUAUUUUCAAUGGUAUUAUUCUAAGAAAUAAGUAUUUCCCCUUUUUAUUAUCAUUAACAUAGAUAGUAUUAUUAUUAUUAGGUGUGGUAUUUUGAAUUACUAACGUGUCUCAUAUAUUUUUAUACUCUAAUUGUGCCAAAAUGGUCUGGAAAUUGAAAAGUCAAUUACAAGCAAAAUUUUUUAUCUUCAUCUUAUUGAUUCUGCAACUCUCGACUCAUGUUCACUCCUUCCCCUUCGACAAGGCAUCUGGUGUGAUGGAACUUUCGCCUGAUACCAUAUUUAAAUUUUCAAAUUCCCAUAAACCCACUGUGAUUUUAUUUUAUGCAUCUUGGUGCGGUCACUGUAGGAGUUUUCAUGAUGAAUAUAAAAAAUUUGCGGAUGCGGUCAAGGGUUCAAUACGUGUUGGCGCUAUAGAUGCCCACACGCACAAAUCUAUCGCUCAGCAGUUUUCGAUUCAGGGCUUCCCGACGAUCAAGUACUGGAAGAUGGGGAAUAAGUCGAUAUAUACCCCUCAUGAGUACCGGGGACCUCGCAUGGCUGCGUCCUUGAUGUCGCUUAUGAUUAACGAUAUCCAAUCUGAUCAUGUGGCGCAAUCCGUUCGUACACCAGAGGAUAUCUUAGAUCUGAAUCAGAAAUCACACAGUGGGAAGGUGGCCGUUCUUUUUUCAUCGAAAAAAAAGGUUCCCCCCAUCUUUUCCAUCUUGUCUAUUUCACCUCGGCUGCAAAAUAUGACAUUUGUGUUUGUUCAUGAUAAAGACGCUAAGAUUGGUUCAAAGUUCGGAAUCACGAAAAUCCCGUCGUUGGCUGUGAUGGAUAAGUCCCCUGCAGGCCAGGAAGAUCCCGCACUGCCCGUCAAGACGGCGGUGUACCCUUCCGGGAACUUCUCCUACGAGGCCAUGGCAAAGUUUGUGUUGUUUUGUCUUCAGCAUGACAGCGCGAGCUGGGUUUGA